GAUUCGGUACCAAAUAAAUAUGGCUGAUCAAGGGCAUCGAACUCAGAAUAGUGGUCGGGGCUGACCAUAAUGAAUAUGUCGUUGUUCGGGCUGACCAUAAUGGCGAGACUAUAGAUUAUUACGGGGUUCUGGUAGACAUUAUUAAGCUGCAAUAUUGUAAAGGGCAACGUGUCUUUGUAUUCAAGUGCGAGUGGUUCAAUGUGGGGGACAAGAAGAAUGGAAUAAUGAUGGAUAGACACUUGACGAGAAUAAACAUGGAUAGAAAAUGGGGUACAGAGGACCCAUAUGUAUUGGCCAGUCAGGCUAACCAAGUGUUUUACAUUCCGGAUAUUGAGAAUGGUGGUGCAUGGCAUAUCGUCCACAAGGUAUGUCCAAGAACUGUGUACGAUGUUCUCCAGAAGGAGGAAGCGGGACAUGGGGAUCCGGUGUAUCAAAAUCAGCCAUACCAACUGGAUGAGGACAUUUUUUAUUUUCAUGUCAGUGAAAGCGACUUAGUGGAUGUGAUUCGUGAUGAUGAGGCACCAACAAUCGUUACUGGGCCAGUCAUACGAGCAAUUGAUAGACGAUCUGCAGAAGUGGAAGCAAGCGGUGAGGAGAUAGACGACGACAAAUUAGAUGACCAUCAUUUCACCACGAAUGAAAUUGAACACCAAGAUGGGACUGAUUUAUCCUUCAGUGAUGAGGAAGAAGCCUAACAGUAGAUUAUAAACAUAAUCAUGUUAA